CCUUCCCGACGAGGUUCGAUACAAGAAGCUCUACUUGUCUGCUCUGAACGUUAGAUGGAGGGAUUUUAAGAGCAAAUUGGUAUCUGGCUGGAUAACAAUGACGAGAGUUAGAUCAAAGAAAGAGAAGUUAGGUGAUAGUCCGCCUGACGUAUACAAGCACAUCAAGAAGGAGGAUUGGGCCACUUUCAAAGAAAAGAUGAUGUCAGAUCAUGCUAUAAAAAAGCGAGAAAAGGCGCUUGAGAGCGCAAAGAAGAACACACAUCAUCACCACUUAGGUCAGAGGAGUUAUGGAGAUGCUAGAGAGUUGUGGAGGCAGGAGAAAUUCGGUCCACCUAGUUUUGAUUCUGGAUCGUCUUCUAGUACACCAUCCUCCUCGGUGUCCUCCAGUUUUAACCGGGGUGAUGAUUGGUGGUGCGCGAUGCAUAAGAAAGAUCCUGUUACUAAACAGAGAUUCAUUCCAGAUGAGGAAACAAAGAAAGCAGCUGACAAAUACGUAUUUGGAGUACAAGGAGAAGCAAGCCAAGGGUGAGUUCAUUCCGGUUCGUAACAGAGAUGCCCUUUUUAUGGCUCUUGGAGAGAAGCCAGAUCAUCCGGGUCGCUGUUACGGUUUUGGGGGUGUUAAUGUUGGCUAUACCAAGGCUUUUGGACACGUACCUCGUACGCACUAUAGGAGAUCGAUGAAGAACAAGAGGAGGCACUCAUACAGAAAAUGAGUGAAAGGUGGAGGGAGGACAUUGCCACAUAUAUGCAGAAUGUGAUGAUUUCACCUUCACAUCCAUCUACCGGGCCAUAUUCUUCACCAUCUGGUGGGCCAUCUCCUUCUCAUGUACAGCCACCUACUCAGUCACCUGGGCUGUAUCAUUUUUUCCCUUCACCAUUUGCUAUGCCAUCUCCUCCUACACAGCCGACUCAGCCUCCUAUUCCAACAUCUGCUUCACCAUUUCCUGGGCCAUAUUCUGGGCCAUCUCCUGGGCCAUACCCUGGGCCACCUCUUGGGCCAUCUCCUGGGCCACCUCUUGGGCCAUUUCUUGGGCCAUAUCUUGGGCCAUAUCCUGGGCCAUCUCCUGGGCCAUCUCCUGGGCCACCUCUUGGGCCACCUCCUGGGCCAUCUCCUGGGCCAUCUCCUGGGCCACCUCCUGGGCCACCUCCUCGGCCAUCUCCUGGGCCAUCUCCUGAGGUAGCUGCUUCACAGCCCACUCAUCUAUGUACUCCAUUAUCUGGAUCAGACACUCAUUCUCCUCAGCUGAAGGACGAGGUUCCAUGUCGAUUGUAUUUGGUAGAUCCAACUAGUGGAGAGACUUGUCUAGUGGCAGAUGCAUAUUCUUAUGCUUUUGAUGAGACCACUACAGUUCAUGGGUCUAGAAUGAUGAAUGAUCACCUAAAAGUGAAAAUUCAUCGAAUUAUAGAGAAAUAUGGUCAUUUGCCACUACCUGUUCCCGUCCCUGCAUAUGAGAUCGACACUACAGCUACUGCUUUGGGUACUUGGGUGCAAUGGCCAAAAAAUUUAGCACAAAUGUUAAGUGAUGAGGGAUUUCGGGGGAGGCUGUUAGAUCUUCUAGCCAGUUGCAUUCAUCAGCCGGUUCGGCUUCUCAGUUUAGUCCAGUUAUCGACGAUCGAUCGUUCUUGGACUCCCUUACUGAGGACUGCAGGGAGUUAGCAGAUACG